GUUCUUCUCAUAGUGAUAUAAGCGGUGCUGAGAUCAACAUAACUGCCGACCUCAAGUAAUACAAUAAUAUAUAUAUUUGAAAUCAUAUUAUUGAAAUGGAUCCUGGCUUCAUUUGAAUGGUCUGUCCAUAUCUUCUUGAUAAAUGUUGAUAUUAAUAAAUAUACCAAAUGCAGAAAUGUUUCAAUUGUCUCUUAAAUUAAAAGGAUUUUGUAUUUUCUCAUUCAAUAAUUGUUAUGUGACCACAAAUCUUUGGUAUAACUUUAGUAAGUUACAACUUUUCUAUAUGCCGCCAUCAGUAUUUAUUUUUAGAUUGAAUGACAUUUACACUUAUAUUAUUUCCUCUAAAUGCAUAGUGUGAAAGUAAGCUACUGCCUAUACUUGGUGGGUUAAUUUUGUUGGCUGGGCAUUAUGACGACACACUUGCCUUCAACAAUAGUUUUUUUUGGCAUUUGAGUUUCAGUUUAAUCAAUCGUGUUCAUGUUUGCUGCGUGUAACCCAUAGACUGUAUAUAUAAAGGUGUAACCAUAGACUGUGUAACCCAUUUCCUUCGUCGCUCGGAACCUUUCUGCCCGGAACUAUUCAUCCUCGACGUUGUAUCCGUUGUGCACUUUACACUUAAUGACUGUGUAACCAUGAGAGUGUAAACAAACCUGCAUGAGUUUCAGAUAGACAUUUGUUUCUGUCGCGUUAAAUAUUAAUAGUAGGGAGUUAUUCGUGAUUUCCCGAUGGAGAUAUUUGGAAGCACGUUCGACGACUCUGUGUUUCUUCAGUCGAAGGACCGAGUCGCCGUGCCUCUGUCCCAUUACAACGCCAAACGCUGUGAACCAGAGUGGUUCUGUGAGAGUUCUGCUCUCUGUACAGAUGAUCCUUUGGAGAAGCAGAAGGUGUAUAAGUUCAGAGGAGACUUGGCUUUGAAACAAGGGAACUAUCAGAAAGCCUUGGAUGUAUACAGCAGCUGCCUGGAGCUGAACUCUGCCAACAACCUAACCAUCAGGAGAGAUGUGCUGGAGGGAAUGGCCCGAUGCUGCACCGAACUGGGACAGAGGGACCGGGCGCUGCACUUGACCGACCUGUUGAGCAAAGACGCGUCCAACACCUGUCACCUGAUCAGCAUCCUGCUGCUUAAGGUCAGGAUCUACCAGCAUUUUGGAGCCUUAGCAUCGAGGAUGUCCUGCCUGCAGCAGCUUUGCAUCCUGCUGCCCUUCAACCCCUGGCACUGGUUCAACCUGGGACAGAUGUGUCUGGAGCUGCUGGACAGCAACAGCACCUCAGGAUCUUGUUCUCUACAGAGUUGUGAACCAGCAGAGAAAACGCAGAAUGAUGGAGACAUUCAGGAGCAGCAGGAGGAGGAGGAGGCAGCAGAGCUCGAUGGGGACAGAGUCUGGCUGAAAGCUUGCACCUGUUUCAUCAGGACAAGACUCCUGCUGAGAUUCCUCCGGCAGCAGCAGUCCUCCUUUGUGUUGCAGCGCACUGAAAGCACCCUACAGACGACAGAUGAGGUGCUGCAGAGGCUCAAUCCCAAAGAAACAACCCUGCAGACUCUCACCGAGGUGGUGUCAGAGGACCUGAUCCCAGACAAAAUGAGAGAGGACAGCCAGGACGGGGAGAGUCUGUCCAGUGUGUGUUUGCAGAGCUUCAAGGAGCGCUGGUGGAACAAGAUCUUACUGACUGGUGUGCUAGAAACAGACGGCCGUCCUCAGACACAGACGCACACAGAGAACUGAGGCCUGUUCGCUGACAGGAAGACCCUGUCCCUGUGCAGGUCCCACCAAAGAGCAGGAGAAAUUGAGUGGGAAAUCCACAUUAUUGAUAUCAUAACAAGACCCCAUACAUUCACACAGUACAUUUUAAUGCUGACAAUCUCAGAAAUACCCCCCCUAAUAAAGAGAAAUAUGUCAACUGUUUUGACUCACACACUUCCACAGAAUUGUAUUCAUUUUAUUCAAGCACAGAUACAGUAGAGUAUUUAAUAAAGCAGAUACAAAUAUCCACUU